CUAGAGUGGGAAGGAGUAGGCUGAGGCUCAGGGAGGACUCUGGGUCUUAACCUGAGGUGUUCCCUAAUUGACUCGAUCAGGGGCAGUUUUGACGAGCCCUUAGAGGGGCUGUGCUGGACUCUGGGCGAGCAUAUGGUAUUGGGUCCCAGAAAAGGUGUGAAGAGAGCAUUUUAUCCGGCAAUGGGAUGGGAGGUGCGUCCAGGUAACUAAUGGUAACCGGGCGGGGCAAGCUCACGCUGCAGGAGCUCCGCGAUGGCGAAAAACUACGACUCCCAUGAUACUCCAGGGCUGAGUCUGGCUUUCCCGCCCGCCCACAGGCCGCCGUUCCCGCGAGCGGUGAAGCCGAUUGGCCCCUGCGGAGCGGGGGCUUCCCCGCUAGCAGGUAAUUAAAUGCUUGUCUUGUGGACCUGGGCUUGGCUGGAAUGUGCAAGGGUCUUGAAGAUCCUUCUGUAGCUUCCUUCUGCUGAACCAUUAAGAGAAGAUGGCAAAAGUCAACAUAACUAGAGACCUCAUUCGUAGGCAAAUCAAGGAACGGGGUGCCCUGAGCUUUGAACGGCGAUAUCAUGUCACAGAUCCAUUUAUCCGGCGGCUGGGCCUGGAAGCAGAGCUUCAGGGUCACUCAGGAUGUGUCAACUGUCUGGAGUGGAAUGAGAAAGGAGACUUGCUGGCUUCUGGUUCCGAUGACCAGCACACCAUUGUGUGGGACCCACUGCAUCACAAGAAGCUACUCUCCAUGCACACGGGACACACAGCAAAUAUCUUCUCUGUCAAGUUCCUGCCUCAUGCUGGAGACCGAAUCUUGAUCACGGGGGCAGCUGACUCCAAGGUGCAUGUCCAUGACCUGACGGUAAAGGAGACGAUCCACAUGUUUGGAGACCACACAAACCGGGUGAAGCGCAUCGCCACAGCACCCAUGUGGCCUAACACAUUCUGGAGCGCCGCUGAGGAUGGCCUUAUCCGCCAGUAUGACCUUCGGGAGAACAGCAAACACUCAGAGGUGCUGAUUGACCUGACGGAGUACUGUGGUCCAAUGGUGGAGGCCAAGUGCCUCACAGUCAAUCCCCAGGACAACAACUGCCUGGCAGUAGGAGCCAGUGGGCCCUUCGUAAGACUCUAUGACAUUCGAAUGAUCCAUAACCACAGAAAGAGCAUGAAGCAGAGCCCUUCUGCAGGUGUGCAUACCUUCUGUGACCGGCAGAAGCCCCUUCCGGAUGGGGCAGCGCAGUACUAUGUGGCAGGUCACCUGCCGGUGAAGCUGCCUGACUAUAACAGCCGUCUGAGAGUGCUGGUGGCCACUUACGUGACCUUCAGCCCCAAUGGCACAGAGCUGCUAGUCAACAUGGGAGGGGAGCAGGUGUAUUUGUUUGACCUGACUUACAAGCAACGGCCAUACACCUUCCUCUUGCCUAGAAAAUGCCACCCCGUGGAAGUCCAGAAUGGCAAGAUGUCUACUACUAACGGUGUGUCCAAUGGUGUGUCCAAUGGCCUACACCUUCACAGCAAUGGCUUCCGGCUGCCAGAAAGCAAGGGGUGUAUCAGCCCCCAGGUGGAGCUGCCCCCAUACCUGGAACGUGUGAAGCAGCAAGCCAAUGAGGCCUUUGCCUGCCAGCAGUGGACCCAGGCCAUCCAGCUUUACAGCAAGGCCGUGCAGAAGGCCCCUCACAAUGCUAUGCUCUAUGGAAACCGAGCUGCUGCCUACAUGAAGCGCAAGUGGGAUGGUGACCACUAUGAUGCUCUCCGAGACUGCCUCAAGGCCAUCUCCUUGAACCCUUGCCACCUGAAGGCACACUUCCGUCUGGCCCGAUGCCUCUUUGAACUGAAGUAUGUGGCUGAGGCUCUGGAGUGCCUGGACGACUUCAAAGGGAAGUUCCCAGAACAGGCCCACAGCAGUGCUUGUGAUGCAUUGGGUCGGGACAUCACAGCUGCCCUUUUCUCCAAAAAUGACGGUGAGGAGAAGAAGGCAGCUGGUGGUGGUCCAGUUCGCCUGCGAAGCACCAGUCGCAAGGACUCCAUCUCGGAAGAUGAAAUGGUGCUCCGGGAACGGAGCUACGACUACCAGUUCCGCUACUGUGGCCACUGCAACACCACGACAGACAUCAAGGAGGCCAAUUUCUUUGGCAGCAACGCUCAGUACAUCGUCAGUGGCUCCGACGAUGGCUCCUUCUUCGUCUGGGAAAAGGAGACCACCAACCUAGUCCGAGUGCUCCAGGGGGAUGAGUCCAUCGUCAACUGCUUGCAGCCGCACCCCAGCUACUGCUUCCUGGCCACCAGUGGCAUCGACCCGGUUGUGCGACUAUGGAACCCACGGCCAGAGAGUGAAGACCUCACAGGCCGAGUGGUGGAGGAUAUGGAGGGUGCCUCUCAGGCCAACCAGCGGCGCAUGAAUGCCAAUCCCUUGGAGGCGAUGCUGCUGGACAUGGGCUACCGGAUCACAGGCCUGAGCAGUGGGGGUGCUGGGGCCUCUGACGAUGAGGACAGCUCAGAGGGCCAGGUGCAGUGCCGGCCCAGCUAGAUGUUCCUAGCCCAGCCCCGGCUGGGCGUGAGGAGAGGAGGGACUGGCUUCUGUUCGCUUUGUCUUCCCCCCAUUUCUCAUUUCCCUGUUUUGUUUGUUAGUUUGGCAUUGUGGGUGGGGAUCGCUGCAACUUGCUGGCUUUCA